AUGGCGGCAAGCCCUGGCGUCCGGGAAGUCCCCGAGGAGGCGGUGGGUAGCGCUCACUCCCGGGGGACGCGGCCGCGCCGCCCGAGCGCCGCUGUCCUCCUCAUCCUGAGCAGCUGCCGCAGGAAGUGGGAGGAAACAAACACCGCUUGGCCGACUCUCCGCGGGACGCCCCGCCCGGGCAGCUCCCACUUCCCCAAAUCUCGGCUCUCUGCCCCGGCGCCGCUCGCCGCCGGUUGCGGGCGGCAGGCGAGCCCGGCUCCCGGUCCCACCCAGCCCCGCGUCUCUAGAGUUCCCGGGUUUUCCAGACGGUCUAGCCAGCGCGUCUACCUUCAUGCUCACGGGGGUAGUUCUCAUGGGAGAGCGCUAGGAGCCCCUCAGCGAGCCCGCUGCGCCCCUCAGUCCCCGAGCGGCGAGAGGGGAAGUUGCCGAGCACAGCCGAGCGCUCCGCACACCCCUCCCGCAGCGCGAGGACUCGGGACGCGGCCGCGCCAAGCGACUGGGAUCUCCUCGCCUGGGCGGCCGCUACCCGGGGCCGGCCGCGCGCGCCGCAGGAGCACCCGCCUGACCCCGCACACCGUAGCUGCCCUCCCGCGCCCGCAGGCCAAACCUCGGCGUCCCGGGCCGCCCCCGGGACCGCAAGUCCCGGGUCCACGCCCCCGUCGGGAUCCCGCGCCGCAGCUAGCAAGGAGGCGGACUGGCCGCGUGGGGAAGGAAGGGCCUUUCAGCGCGGCGGCGAGCGGACGCACCGGCCCAGCGCAGCGCUGCGGGUCCGCUCUCAGCUUUCCCGGCUCGGACCCGCGGCCACUGUCGCAAACAGGCCCGGCCCGCCCUGUCCACGUCACCACCCAGGCGGCCAAUCCCGCAGGCAGUGGCGCCGCAUUGGCUGCGGAGCUUUAUUUCUAG